CCUGACAGACAGACUCUGAUGUGGAGUGCCACUUGGCCUAAAGAGGUUCGCCAGCUGGCAGAAGACUUCCUGAAGGAGUAUGUGCAGAUUAACGUUGGUGCUCUUCAGCUCAGUGCCAACCACAACAUCCUCCAGAUUGUGGAUGUUUGCAACGACGGAGAGAAGGAGAACAAGCUCAUCCGUCUGCUAGAAGAAAUCAUGAGUGAGAAGGAAAACAAGACCAUCAUCUUUGUCGAGACAAAGAGGCGAUGUGAUGAUCUUACCCGUAGAAUGAGGAGGGAUGGGUGGCCUGCUAUGGGAAUCCAUGGUGAUAAAAGCCAACAAGAACGAGACUGGGUUCUUAACGAGUUCAAAUUUGGCAAGGCCCCAAUUCUGAUUGCUACAGAUGUUGCAUCCAGAGGUUUAGAUGUGGAGGAUGUGAAAUUUGUCAUCAACUUUGACUACCCCAACAACUCUGAGGACUAUAUCCACCGCAUUGGCAGAACGGCUCGUAGCCAAAAGACGGGCACGGCCUACACCUUCUUCACGCCAAACAACAUGAGGCAGGCCGGGGACCUGAUCUCUGUGCUGCGGGAGGCCAACCAGGCCAUCAAUCCUAAGCUCAUCCAGAUGGCAGAGGAGAGAGGAGGUCGUUCCAGAGGCGGCAGAAACGACUACAGAGAUGAUCGUCGGAGUAGGUACUCCACUGGAAGGCGCGACUACGGCGGCGGUAGGGACAGGGAUGGUGGUAGAGGCUUUGAGAAUGGACCAAGUAAGGCAUUUGGUAGUAACGCACAGAACGGAGGCUAUGGAGCCAGUAACGGCACCAGCAAUGGCUACUCUGGAGGCACCUUCAAUGGUAAUGGACAGUCCAACUUCGGUGGCAACCAAACCGGGUCUUUUGGUGGCCAGAACAACUUCCAAACCACACCGUUUGCCCCCAAUAAUGCUGUCACACAGAAUGGUGGGAGCCAUCCCCCGUUCUCCUUCCCUCAGGCACAGGCUCCACAGCAUCCCCCUCCGAUCGCUCCGUACUCCAUGGCCUCUCAGUUCUCUCAGUAAAUGCACCGUAAACUUGAAAAGUGUAAUUUAUUGUGUUUUGGUCGUUUAAGUUCUAUAUUUCAUCUACAAUUUUGUAUUCAUAAAACAGGAUUAUGUCAACUUUUUUUUUUUUUUAAGAUCUGCAGUGCAGCUGUAGUGUUGCACCUUUAUAUUUUUUUUUCUAUUUUUCCCCUAUUUAAUUUGUUACAUUCCUUUAGUGAUAUUUUUUGUAUCAGGUAAUUUACAAGUGUAUUGGUUUUCAUGUGUAGCAUUGAACAUGUUAAGCUCAAAGUGCACUGCAUGAUCUUUCAAAUAAACCCUCAAAAAGGC